UGAUAGUCUAGGUUGAGGGGAGUGGAUAAAAAGCCGCAGAAUGUGGAUGGUCACUUCAUUUGUUGGUCCUAAUUGAGUCAGUCUCGCUAUUUCUUUAGAGCCCAGUGUCGCUGCGGGCUGCCGACAUCCACUUUAAGGAGCCAAAGCAUUAUUAUGAUAUCUAUCGGACUCUCGGUUCUAAGGCAAAUUUCUGGAAGAUAAAGACCACGUAUUCAUCUUAUAUGGUUUAUACAUUUUCUUUACCACACCAUGCCAAUGAUCAUGGACGGCGGUCUCAAUGUUGACGACUUGUUUGGCGAGUCUGGCUCUCUGGAGCUGGGCUUGCCUUCCACUACCACGAACGCCUCCUCCAAAGGUCUUGCUCAGCGUCUAGACGAGAUGCGACUACUAGGGUGUUGUCAGAAGAUCGCCUGGUCUAAACAGGGCUGCAUCGCAUAUAUCUCCCAAGAUACUUUAAGAGUUAAUCUUCGUCACCUUGAAUGUCGGCCCUCCGAUGGGAAGUGGGUAUUGAGUGAUGACACUCCACUGCACCCAGUGGCAGAGACCCAUGGGGGACAGCCCCUCGUUCAUCUCAGCUGGAAUGAAAUUGGGUCUGAAUUAGCUGUGGUUGACUCAUCAGGGAGAGUUUCCAUCUAUAAUAUUGCAAUCUCCCUUAACAGCUUAGCGGGUCAACGCCAGGCAGGUUUUGAUCCCGUUGAUGAUGGAGCUCAGAUUGUCGGCAUGAUGUGGUUGAAUAUCCAGCGUUCCGUGCACGCUUUCAAUGUUGCAGCGAUGGUACAAGGACGCCGGGCUUAUUCACCGUUUCGACGCCGCCCAAUUGGUCCUUUUCACCCGGCAGGUAAAGCCGCUUUAUUGUGUGUCACUAGGUCUGGCAUUAUUAGGCUCUUGUACCAGAACCCCGACAACAAAUGGGCUGAGAUCUCUGCCGAACUGAAGAAUGCGAGCUACUCCGAUCGGCUUCUUACCCAUGCGGCUCUAGUGGCUACUCAAAACGGAGUUCUUAUCGCUACCCACUCUGCAUGUCAAAAGAUCUACUUUUAUCGAGUGCAGAUCAACUGGACUCCUCCACAGUGGGAUCCGAGCCAGUUGAAGCAGGCACCAAAUCAAUUUCCCGCCCCUAGCUUUCGCUUCAUGCAUGCUAAAGUUGAAGCUCCUUGUAUCUUUCCGAGCGCGAACCGCAAUGGGGACGAAAACACUCACGAUUUGGCGAGCCCAACAAACUCACCUUACUGUCUUACUCGUUUAGAUAUUAUCCUCCCCGCGCAUGACAACUCUGCCGGGUUGACUACAAAUCCAUGGAUAAUAGCUGUUUUCUCGAUCCCUCCUCACGCUACCCCUGAUCCUUCACAGCAACAGAGUCCUUGUAGUGUCAUUGUCCGUUGGCAAUUAGAGUCUGCUCCACAGGUGCUUCACCCAAAGUUCGACGAAGUUAUGUCAAAAAAGAACAACGUUCAAAUAAAACCUAAAUCGAUGCUACGUCGACUGGACGAUAUAUAUUGCGACAAAUACGUCGUCAUGAUAGAGCAGACAGAGCAUGGAAACGUACUCGCUAUUGCAUAUGAUGAUAGCUCUGUUUCUUUCUAUGAUCCAAAGACAACGGCAGUGUUGAAUGGGGCUGAUGAUACAAAUACAUUGACUAGCUUGGCUCAGGCAGGAUUCCAUUACCCUCCUGACUCUGCAGCAGGUCUACACAUCAGCUUCUCUCCAAGUGGCUGCAAUGCUGUGACACUUGAUGGAGAAGGACAGGCGCAGCUGCGGGUGAUGGAACACUCGUACGGGGAGGAAAAUGGGCUUUACGACGAAAAUAAAUCUUCUGCUGCUAUUGCCUCCCUGACGCUGGCCUUCUGCCGUGGAUGUGGAAGCGAGUUUAAUACGGACGAUAUAUUGUUGAUCUUGAAACGGCAAUUGUCAUCUGAUGCCCAAAUCUCCUUCCUCAACGAAGUUUACCGCGCGCUGGGGGUCAACUGCAACUACACACAGGAAAACGAUAAGUUGAUGAGCCAUCAGUACCUACCAAAAUGCCUUAGUAUACAAGCUGCCCUGGGGUUCAUUGAUAAGUAUAAGUCGCGAAACUUUGCAUCUAAUGUACCGUGGACAAUUCUUCAGCUUCGUCAUGCUUCUGUUCUAUAUGCGCUAUUUCUCCAGUGCCUUAAAGGGGGUGUUCAGGCAGAACCCCCUGAUCCAGAUGCUAUACGUAUUAUACUUGGAAAUACUAAGUGGGCUUUGGAUCUUUUACAUUAUAUUUUGAAUGAUCUUCUUGACCUCACGGAUGAGUUGGAAGGCGUGCUUUCUGACCCGGAGGCUUUUGCCCAGAAAUUGAAAUCCAUAAAUUCUCUGCCCUUGAUCAUUCUCCUGUCUAGCAUGUCUCGAGCCUUCCUGCGCUUCAUAUGCCGCGGCUUGCGAGGAAUUCAUGCCGGCUACGCUUCCGCUCCCCUACCAGGCGAUGCCGGAGUUUAUUAUGCAGAGAUUUAUCAAACUCUGGACUCGUCCCCUGUACGGAUUGAUGUGUAUGAAAAGCUGCUCGCCGGGGUAGACUCAACCGUCCGCCAUGUCUAUCAUGGCGCAGGUUUUGGAGAUAAUGAACGGCCUGGGCCUGAAAAGGAGCUCCUAGUCAACGGCCGUAUCCCUCCUGUCCUUGUCACGGCAGUUUCUACGAUCAUUCGACAAACCAUCCCCGCUCUCAAGCCUGAAAUCGAUCGCAUGGCUAUCUACAUGGGCGAUUACAGUUGGCUCGGUCUCGGUUCCGACCGACGCGCAGAGCUGUACCGGAGGACUCGCGAUGUGGAUAUCAUCAAGAAGAUCCCUUUCAGAAGCACUGCUCCUUCUGCCGGUUCUGACGAGGCUCAGAACGGGAAGCACAGUCCCAGCCAAGUGCGCCGACGAUGCGUUCGUUGUUGCGAGAUCAUGUGCGGUGCGUACCCGCUACGACCGCUGUUAUCGUCUCGCAUGAUGUACAAACUGGGCUAUGUGCGGUACUGUAUUUGUGGUGGAGGAUGGACUCUGGAGUCGGACAUCAACCGCUAGACGAACCAUCCAACCCUGGCGGUACUGGCUUGUUCGAGUUAAUCAGACUAGAGAUAAUUGUAUAGAGCUUUUGCAAACGAUAAA